CAGUGGCCGCCCAGGACCUGUGUCUCGCGGCCCCGCCGACCCGAGCCCAGGCCACCCUGCGGGCCAACCUAGGGCGCCGGCCCGGGCCCUGCGGCGGGCGAUGGUUCCCCGAGGGUAACCCUAAGCCCUGCGUCCGAUCACAGCUGCUUCUGGCCCACGCCCCCACCGGAGAGUCUCCACCAACUUCUGCCCGGGAACUCCACUCUGCCCCUUCUCUUGGCCCAGGGCGACCUCGGCAGCCCUGACAGCGCGGACCCUCCGGAGUGCCCAGAAGGGUCACCCGGGAUGGCCAGCGCCUCCCUAGGUGGAGGCGCCUUCGGAAGGAGCCAGCUGAUUGCUGUGUGGCCUUCACCUUGCAGCCUCUGUUGACCACACCUCCCCGAGUGCAGGGGCUGCCUCCUGCCUGCCCGCCUGCCGCAAGAAAUGCUGUCCCAGCCGGCUCCCGGAGACCCCGAUGUGACCGACAGGAUGGAGCUGAGGCCAGCGGCAGAGACCUUUGUGUUGGAGCUGCGAUGUCUUGAGGAUGGGGGCCCAGGGCCUGACACUGUCUCAGGUGGCAGUGGUGGGAGCGAGAGUCAAGAGGAGGAAGAGGGGAGCAGCAGCCCACAACUACGGGCAGUCUCAGCCCCAGGAGGGGCCACAGAGGAAGCCAAGCCAGGACAGCAGGAAUUGCGACAGCAACAGUUAGAGCAGCAGCCAGAACUACAGCAACAGUCACAGUAUGAGAAGCCACAAGAGCAGCAACAAAACGAACUACUAGAACAUCAACCAGAAUCGCAACAGGAGCAGCAGGAUGGGCAACAGCAGCGGUCGCAAAGCCAGCAGGAACUACAGGAAAACCACCAACCCAUACAACACCGUGAACUGACGCCACAGCUGCAGGUAAUGCAACAGCAUGGGCAGGUGAAACAGCGGGUGAAAGAACAACUGUUGCAGCAACAGAAACAGUUACAGCAGCACCAAGUGCAAGAGCAGCAGCAGGAAGGGGUACAGCAGCAGGAAGGGGUGCAGCAGCAGGAAGGGGUACAGCAGCAGCAAGUACAAGAGCAACAAUUGCAGCAGCAGGAACAGUUACAACAGCAGCAAGCACAAGUGCAACUACAGCAGCAGCAACAGCAGGAACAGUUACAGCAGCAACAGGUGCAAGAGCAACUACUGCAGCAACAGCAAGUGCAGGAACAACUAUUGCAGCAGCAGCAAGUACAAGAGCAACUGUUGCAGCAUCAAAAACAGUUACAGCAGCGCCAAGUGCAAGAGCAACUAUUGCAGCAGCAGCAGCAGCAGCAAGUAUUACAGCAACAACUGUUACAACAGCAGCAACAGCUACAGCAGCAACAGUUCCAACAGCAGCAACAGUUCCAACAGCAACAGGAGCAGCUCCAGCAACAGCAGCUACUGUUGCUCCAGCAGCAGGAACAGUUACAGCAGCAGCUCUUGCUCCAGCAGCAGCAGGCACAGAUCCAGCAGCAGCUCUUGCUGCAGCAGCAGGGGCAGCUCCAGCAACAGCAACAGGAACCUCUUCAACAGCCUCCUGCUGCAUUGGAACCAGAGGAGGAGGAAGAGGUAGAGCUGGAGCUUAUGCCUGUGGACCUGGCAGCGGAACAGGAGUUGGAGCGGCAGCAGGAAUUGGAGCGGCAGCAAGAGCUGGAACGGCAGCAGGAGCAGAGGCAGCUGCAGCUCAAACUGCAGGAGCAGCUACAGCAGCUGGAGCGGCAGCUGGAGCAGCAGCAGUUGGAGCAGCAGCAGCUAGAGCAGCAGGAGGUGCAGCUGGAGCUGACCCCUGUGGACCUGGGCGCACAGCCUCAGGAGGUGCAGCUGGAGUUGACCCCCGUGCAACCUGAGCUGCAGCUGGAGCUGGUGCCCGCUGCUGCAGGAGCCAGUGGGGCUGCAGUCCCAGGGGCCCCAGCGGCUGUUGUGGUAGCUCCCCCAGGUUACGUGGUACUUCAGGAGCUCAUGGUGCUGCCAGCCAUGGCCACACCGGCCGUGGUGGCUAUCCCAGGACCGGCGGGCAGUGCAGCUCUGACCCCCACUCGGCAGAGGCGGCGGCGCCGCGCGCGGGACCGGCCAACCAUCUGUGGGGAGUGUGGCAAGGGCUUCAGCCGCAGCACGGACCUGGUGCGUCACCAGGCCACGCACACAGGUGAGCGGCCGCACCGCUGUGGGGAGUGUGGCAAGGGUUUCUCGCAGCACUCCAACCUGGUGACGCACCAGCGCAUCCACACGGGCGAGAAACCCUACGCCUGCUCCUACUGCUCCAAGCGCUUCAGUGAGAGCUCAGCGCUUGUGCAGCACCAGCGCACGCACACGGGUGAGCGGCCCUAUGCCUGCGGCGACUGCGGCAAGCGCUUCAGCGUCUCCUCUAACCUGCUGCGGCACCGGCGCACGCACUCGGGCGAGCGGCCCUACGUGUGCGAGGACUGCGGAGAGCGCUUCCGCCACAAGGUACAGAUCCGCCGCCACGAGCGCCAGCUGCACGGUGCGGGCCGCUCCCGGGGCCUUGGUCUGCUGCGCGCAUCUCGGCCCGCGCCCCCCAGCGGAGCUGCACGUGCCCAGCCGACCUCGGGGUCCGCAGCUUCAGCAGCGGCCAAGGCGCCCUGAUGCGUGAUACGUGUGCCUCAGGGAUCGCAGAGCAGGGAAGCGCGGGGGACAUGGGUUACCUUCCCCUGUGGAUCCCUGAGCGCACACGUGUGGAGAUGGCCGGACGCAUUGCUCCCAAGUUUGUGGUCUCCUGGAAUAUCCUUGCGGGGAAAAAAAGACUUCCAUCAUCCCCCAGAUUCCCUGAGAAGUUUCAGGUUCACAGAUUCACACCCACCCCCAGAAUUCAUCCACGAAACGUAAGAUAGCACGGGAAAGCCAAUAGAUAGGGCGCAGGUGGCCACAAUGUUUUGUUUCUCCUGCGAAAAAAUCAGACUUCGCAGAAACAAGAGUCAUCUGAGAAAACUCCCUGUGACAAGUAAUUGCAGUGGACCGAACACUACCCAGAGAAUAAGGUAUCUAUAUGGAGAGACACAGGGAGAAGAUGGAUCUUGGUGAGAAGUAUUUCAAGGAGAAAAACGGGAGAGAGGUGUAGAAUUUACCCGGACUAGAUUGAAAACUGAUCAAGGCAUUGAAUUGUCCUCUCGGUGGCAUUUGCUUUGAAAACACUUGCUAGGAUGGCAGUGCAUCUAGGUGGAUAUGAUUCUGAUGGAAACGCCCGUGUUUGUAACAGUGUGCAACAGGGGAGGGGGGCAGAGUACAAAGAAGUGCCAGGAAGCCCUGCUCUGGAUGGAAGGUAAACCUUCCUUCUGGGGCAGCCCAGGGUUCCGCUUGGGGCAGGCGCAGAGGAGUUCUAACCCUCUGCUGCCACGAUCCCGGGUUCCCAAGCCCUCCUGUGGCCCCUUAGCAUCUACUGGAGUAACAGCCUGUGGCUAACAUAGAGGGCAUUCUAGGGUUUUCUGCAAGGUGUAGAAGAGCCCCCCUCCCAAGAGCGUGGGACAGCCCUGCUCUGCCUCGGGUUGUCCAGAUGCUGCUGAAGGAGUUGGCGCUUUAACAGCAGGGGCAGAGGUCUUCUGGACCAGGUGGUGGGAAGGGGCUGCCCGGCAGACCCUGCCUCCUGGCUGGAGGUGUGGGAAAAAUAUACUGGGGACAAGGAUUGGGAGCAACAGGAAGGCUGUUUACCAAAUAGUCUGGGGCAGGGGCUGUAAUAGCAGCAGCAACUGCUGAAGUCUCACAAUGGGAAAGCGGGUUGCUGGGAAGAAGUCACUGGCUACCUCUGGCUGCCAAACACUUCUUGCUCUACCUGAUGUCCCAUGUGUGGCUGCUUGAUUCCUGCCCUCUUCCCUCCCUACUUCUCCUUUACUAACACAGCCUGCCAUGUUUUACACAUGUGUUGGUAAGUGAGAAACAAAACAUGAAAAAUAAAUUAAAAUGAGCUACA